AUGCACCAAACGUACGCCCGAUGGGAUGCCAACGGCGGGGCCGGCGGGCGCGCGCCGCCCUCGCCCCACACAAUGAUCUACCGACGCUGGGCGCGCCCCGUGGGCCGCAUGCUCGCGGUCUGCAUGGGGAGCUACUACGCAUUGUGCUUCGGAUGGGAGUGGCUCGAGCGCAGCGAGCGGGCACAGGCCGCAAGCGGCGCGGCCGCCAGGCCCGCCGCAUAG